AUGCAUGCAGAUCCGGUGACCGUCGAGGCACAAAGGAAGAAACCGGGGUCGUUCAUAAGCAAGCUUUUGCGAUGCGCUCCGACACCGAAGUUGCCACCUGGGCCGUUCGUGCCAUCUGCCUCGUCGCCACGAAAGGCUGAGGCUGAUGAGCCUGAAGUUGUUGCGGAAGAUGCAGCAAGCCCCCAGGCGGCCAAGGCGCUUGUGCCAACCAAGUCAUUGAACGAAGUGAUCCUGUCCGGUCGACGGGGCAUAAGCACUAAACUGCGGCUUCCACGGGCCAAGGCCCGCCGGCAACGGCAGAAAUCAGAGGCGUUGGCCAAACAGGCCAUGAAGUCCAGAGACUUCUCCUUCAAAGCCAUUGCGAAGGUUCUCGAUGCUGUGCACUUCCCCAUGAACAAGACUCGGAAAAAUGUGCUCCCGGAGGGCGUCGAAGCCGUGUCUGGCAUGGUCCUGGGUCUCUACGUGUACGCACACAAGACCGGCUUAAGUGACGCAUCCAAGAAGAACCCAAACUUGGCACGACUUCUGUCAAAGUUCUGUCAAGAUGCACAUGCGAGCUUCCAGUUCACGUCCAUUCAGGUAAACAAGAACUAUGCUGCAAGGCCGCAUGUCGAUAAGAACAAUCUCGGCAACAGUUUCAUCAUUGGUCUAGGCGACUACAAGGGUGGAGACCUCUGGGCUCACGACGAUGAUGGGGAUGUUCUGCUAGAGCUCAGCGAGAGCAUUCGGAGCAUGCACCACUAUCGAGCGGGGAUGAGCUACAGGGGCCGAACCUUUGACAUACACUGUCGGUGGCAGAGCUUCGAUGGAAACCGCUUGCACUACGCAAGGCCUUUUGAGGGGACUCGGUAUAGCUUGGUCUUCUACACCUGUGAUCGCUUUCAGGAAGUCUCCCAAGAGGUGCGCCGUGCCAUGUCGAAUGUCGGCUUCACCUUCAAGUGGUCGAGCCAGAUCCUCCAGGAAGCUCUGAACGAAAAGCAGGAGGAGCGAAAGAGACGUCGCGACGAGUUCGAUACCGAGCAGAAGGUGGCAGUACGCGAAGAGAGGCGCCGCGUGCAAGAAGAAAUGGGUCCCUGCAUGGCACGAACCUGGAACAACGGCUGGGGUGGAGAUUGCAAGCAUCCCAGCUGA